AUGAAGUGUUGUCUAUCUCUGGUUGUCCUGGCUGUGGCUUGUAGCUCGGCCUUCGCUGGUGACUACUACUACGGGCGUCGUGGACUGAACUCCGGCUACGGCUACAACGGAUACUCAGGUUACGGUCCAAUUGGAACUGGUCUGAAAGGCGGUGUUGGAUUCGGACUCGGACUGGGACUCGGAAAUGGUCUAGGACAUGGAGUGGUCGGUGUUCGCGGAGCUGGACUUCACGGAGUCGGACUUCACGGAGCUGGACUUCACGGAGCUGGACUUCACGGAGCAGGACUUCAUGGAGUCGGACUUCACGGAGCUGGACUUCACGGAGCUGGACUUCACGGUGCCGGACUUCACGGAGCCGGAGUCUUCGGAGUCGGACUUCACGGCGCCGGAGUUUACGGCAACGGUUUGAUCGGGCCAACUCUUGGACACCGCGGUGUUGGAGUCGUCGGGGCUGGAGUCAUUGCUGGCCAUGGCGCCGGCGUCUACGGAGCCAAACCUUACGGCGCUGGAGUGUACGGCAACGGGAUCUACGGAGUCGGAGUUAGAGGAUUCGGAGUCCAUAAUGGCUACGGCGCAGGGAUCCGCGGACCCCUUUACGGUUUGGGAGCUCGCGGUCUAGGAGUUCGUGGUGCUGGUCUUUUGGGAGGAGUUCGUGGUGUUGGUCUAGGAGGUGUCUUCACGGAGUCGCUGCUGCACCCCAUGGUCUUGGAUUCGGAGUCCUCGGCGGAGGGAUUCACGGAGUACGAGGUCUUGGAUUCAGCGGUCUUGGCCUGGCAGGAGUUGGAGUCGCUGGGCUUCACGGUGUUGCCCCACACGGUCUGGGAGCCCAUGGAGCUGGUGUUUUUGGAAACGGGUUCGGUUUUGGCUUUCAACGGGCUUGGUCUGGCUGGAGCUGGUGUCCACGGGGUUGCUCAUCAUGGCGCAGGGCUGGGAGUCCAUGGUGUUGUCCCCCACGGUGUCGGACUAGGAGGAGUCUACGGAGCUGGUGUUCUGGGAGGAAGAGGAUUUGGAUUCGGAGCUAGGGGAUUCGGCUUCAACGGUCUCGGUUUGGCUGGAGUUGGACAUCUGGGUCACCGUGGAGUCGCCCCUCAUGCUGUUGGUCUACGCGUCCACGGAGCAGGUCUGCAUGGCGCUGGAUUUGGAUUCGGAUACAAUGGUGCCCCUCACGGUCUUGGAUUUGGAGGUUUUGGAGCAGGCAAGGGAUUCGGGUUUGGCGUCCGUGGACUAGGUCUUGGUCUCACUGGAGCCGGUGUCCAUGGCGUUGCUCAUGGAGUCCAUGGUGCUGGACUAGGAGUCCAUGGAGUCCAUGGUGCUGGACUCGGUGUCCAUGGAGUUGCCCCCCACGGUCUUGGAUUUGGAAUCCUUGGAGCUGGCAAAGGAUUCGGUUUUGGAGCUCGUGGCUUUGGAUUUAACGGCGUCGGCUUAGCUGGUGUUGGAGUUGGUCAUGCCGGUGUGCAUGGUGUUGGUGUUCAUGGUGCAGGGAUCCACGGGGCCGGAGUUCUGCAUAACGGUAUCUAUUAA